GGGUAUAUAAUGCCCCAAUUUUCUUCGCUCGCAAAAUUCUAUCAACCACAUCAACCUUAACUCGCAGAACAACAACAACAACAACGCUACUCCAAUUUUUUCUCUCAAAUUCAUCGCAUUUUUCAUGGCGACGUUCGAACUUUAUCGUAGGUCGACGAUCGGACAGUGCUUGACCGAUACUUUGGAUGAUCUGGUUCAGAAUGGAACUCUUAGUCCUGAUCAUGCCAUUAAGAUUCUCAUUCAGUUUGAUAAGUCUGUGACUGAGGCUCUGGAGACGAAAGUUAAGAGCAAGGUUUCUAUCAAGGGACAUCUUCAUACAUACAGAUUUUGUGACAAUGUCUGGACCUUCAUCUUACAAGAUGCUUUGUUUAAGAGUGAAGACAAACAAGAGAAUGUUGGACGGGUUAAAAUCGUGGCAUGUGACUCAAAGUUGCUCGGUCAAUAAUAUGCUUAAUUGAUGUUACAUGAUCAAUGAGGAGCACUGUCAUCAUCUGCUGGUACUGUGAUGGCUAGAUCAUAGUGAUGGAGGACCUUAAUUUCUUGCAGAAACUAUCAAUCUAGCAUAUACACUGUUAUGAUAGAUUUAAAAGGCCUUCUAUCUUCAUGGCAUUAGAUAAUUUAUGUUAUAUUGAUAAUAUCACAUGGGAAUUGGAUGAAUCGUUAAUCUGUACUCUGUACUAUUCUUCCAUGAGCCAGUAAACAAAGUUGUUUAUUUAUCUCUGGAAAAAUUAUGGUGUGAGAGGAUAGCUACCCUGAAAGUUAAGCUAUUACUCCCUCGAUUCCUUUUUACUUGUUGAUUUUGUAGAAUUUUUUGCUCCCUAAUUACUUAACAUUUUAAAA